AUGUCCCUGGAUGCGGAAUCCCGGGGAUUCGUCGACAUUGGAGAACUAAAAGAGUUUACAGGUCACGCAAAAAGAAUCAGUAUAAAGAAUAGACAGGUCGCCAUCUGGAUACAUAACGGUGAAGUAUUUGCCAUCGAUGCCAAUUGCUACCAUUCUGCGGGAGCAUUAGAACAUCACACUGAAGAUAUUGAAGAUGUCCUCGGCCACCCCUGCAUAAGAUGCCCUCAACACAAAUACAUUAUAUCGCUAAAAACCGGAGAAUCAUUUUAUCAGUCCGUAAAGGUAGAUAAAGAUGAAACCACUGGAGCUAGAAAAAUCGUUCCUACUGGGUGGAAAUCCAAGGGAAUCAUGCAAAGGACUCAUGAAACUUUGGUAGUAAAUGGUCGAGUUUACGUCAAGGUGGAUUGCUUUCAGGGAGAAAUACCCUCGGACAAGUAUGCCUAUCUAAACAUUAGGCGCUAA